AUGGAAAGUCUUAGGUGCCAAAUUGAGAGAUUUGCUUUAGCGUGUAAUUCACAUUAUACACAUGAGCAAAAACAAGCAACACCACAAAGGCUUACAUUUGAUAAUUUUGCGGAUAUUUUAGAGUAUCUAAAAGAUGACAAAUCUUCACUUCAUUCAUGUCUCUUAGUGAGUCGAGAUUGGUUUAAGAUGGUCGUUCCUUUACUUUGGUGUCGUCCAUUUGCAUAUAAGCUUGAAAAGGAAAAAGCAGCAUUAAUCAUAAGAACAUAUGUGUCAUGUCUUGAAGAACAAGGAAGACUACGCUUAAUGGCAGAUGGCAUCAAAUUUCAUGACUUGCCUAAGCCAUUUAUCGAUUAUCCCAGAUAUCUUCGAGCGUUUGAUUUUGAACAUUUUCGUCAAGCUAUUGAUGAUUCAGUUUCAACUUUAGAAAUUAGUAAUCCAGCAUGUGAUAUAAUAACAACACUUUGUAGAGAAGUUCUUGGAUAUUCUCUUUGCAAUCGAUCAUUCGGACUUCGAAUUUUAAAAAUUGAUUUGUUAAAUGUAGAACUUUAUGGACCUUUUCUGGAUAUCGCAACGAUACCUGGGAUCGAAAAUGUUUUAUCACACCUUCAAAGAUUUGAAUUACUCUAUCUUUUUGAGACAGAGGAUGAAACAUCGAAAAGACUCACAAAAUUAUUUACAUUAAUGUCAUCUUGUUCUCGAAAUAUACAUAGUAUUUCUAUAAUUAUUCAUCGGAUGAGAACGCAUCUUCCAACAUAUUUUAUUGAAUCGUUAGCACAAUUAGUUCAAUCACAAAACAAAUUAUGUGCAUUAUCACUUAAUCAAUUUUGGAAUGCGUCAUCAUCAGCAAUAAUUUUUGCAGCAGUGUUAAAACAAGCAGAAUCAUUAAUAUAUCUUCGUUUCACACCAAAAAAUGAAUAUAAUGAUUUAAUUAAUGUUCUAAAAUGUUGUACAAAUUUAGAAACUCUAGAAUUAUUAGAUCUUUCACCAACGAAAGAUAACGAUAUUUCAUAUUUAAAUAUACCAAUGAAUAUACUUAAUAUUAAAAAACUUUAUUGUUAUGAUGAUUGGGUAAAUAGCGAAGAUAUAGUGAUGACAAAAGCAUUGAUACUCAAUAUGUGUACAGAAAAUUUAAGAGUAUUAACAUUAGAAAGUGCAAUACCAGCAUUAAUGGAACUCAUUGGCGAGUAUUGUAGUAAAAUUACCACACUUUCAAUUUCAAUAUCACCAAACUACCUUCAAAAUCUUUUAGAACUAAUUUCACGACUUCCUUUAAUCCAUCUAACGAUCGGUAGAACAUCACGUAAUAAUACUGAUAAGUUCAAUUUUACGUUAGAGAUCCUUCAACAAUUCAUAAUUUCAAUUCCAUCAACUUUGAUUUCGUUCGGAAUUAACUUUAUAAUAGAGACAGAAAAUUUAUCGUACUUAUUACGAGAAUUUCCAGUUCAAUUAAAAGUUAUUAGUUUAUAUGAGACAAAAAUGUCGUGUGAUGAAGUAUUAUAUAUUAUAUUAGAAUAUGCGAUAGCUAGAAGGAGCCUCAAAGAACUUAGAUAUGAAAUGAGAAAGAGCAGAUGUAUGACUAUUUUUUCGGAAAGUAUGUUAACGUUAGCAAGAAGAAUUAUACCAAUAAUUAAACAAGUUAAACAUUUUGGAGAUCCUAUUUACG